CGAGUCAAGCUCAUGCAGGACUAUGGAUGUGUCUCAAUUGGCGGUCGGGAGUGUAUGGGGCUUAUCAACCCAGAAAAUACCAACGAGGCAGUCCACUUGAGCCAUUCGAUGAUGGAUACUUGGGCAACUGCAUUGUUCAAACGCAAACCUGGAGUAACUGAGAUGGCGCCACCCAAGCUACCUGAAUUCCGAUUUUUCAAACUACUUCCCAAGUGCCUGACAAUCGUAUUGAGUCACCUAUUCCAGGUCCUCCUCCACCUCUUGAAGACUUCCUUAAUUGGGCCAAGAUUUCACCAGAAGACGAACACACCCGUGCCCUUCUCAAGAAGCUUGAUAUCAUUGAUUACAAAGCUUUCCUUUUGCCUUCUUUAGAUGUUCCAACCCUUUCUGGGUUGGGAUUUGCGUAUGGAACCGCAGUACGUUUACACGACCAAGCCCCAUUAUAUCGAGCUGAACUCAAGAGACGCAAGGAUCCUGGCUUCUGGGAUUAAUUCAGUCAAAAAGGAUCGAAAUUUGUAACAAAUUUUAUUGUAGCAAGCACUUGUCAUCCUUGUACAAGCUUAGCAGAUAUUGUAUUCAUUAUUAACCCCCGUAAAAGACCAACUGUUUGACUGUUACUGCUGAAAUGAAAUCUUAUGUAUGAA